AUGAACCUGCACACUUCCAUCGCCGUCAAGAUGGACGAGUUCGACGACAUCGAUGUCGAAGAUAAACACCACAUAAUAAUCAAUGUGAAGGAUUUUCGGGCAGUUCUACAGCACGCAUGUACGACUUCGAGUAGCCUUCUGGCGUAUUAUUCGGAGCCAUGGUGUCCGCUGAAGUUCUCAUACGAUGAGAAUAACAUGUUCUGCGAGUUUAUUCUGGUGACAUCGGGCAACAAGGCAAACCCAGAGCACAAUAAACAGAGGAGCAGGACAAAAGCUGGUAACAGAGCUCGGAUUGCCCUUGAUUCUGGCUAUGCUGCUGGCAAUUUUGAUGGUGCCGGUAUCCAAGCGACCAAGCCAGACCAGACACCCUCGAAUCCUGCAGCUGCUAUGUCUUCGUCAAACAGGCCUCUGACAGAGCCUACUAGCGGUGGCCACCCCGACUUUGAAAUGCGGCCUCGCCCAGUCCCGCCCUCUACUUUCAGACAGGAAUCCCUUUACGAGGGAGACGGCCAAUGGGAGCCGGUAAAUCCAGAAGAAGAUAAUUCCGGCUUUGUCCAAAUUGAAUGGGACGAGAGCAUGCAACCGGUACGGGCCUAUCCCAAUUGUGGUAACGCAACAGAGAUAAUAGAGCCGGGCUAA